AUGGGUGUCUGGUCGGUCGACUACAUUCCCCGUGGUGUUCGAUUUGGACCUCUGCUUGGUGAGGUCAAAAUGAAUGGAGCUGACUGCGCGCCGAUCUGUCCUGCAGAAGCCUCCAGCGCCUGGUGGAUCCUUCUGGAAGCGGACCGUCCACUCCGACUGCUCCCACUACUUCACCGAAGGAGUGGAAGUUUAGACCGGGUGACAAAAACAACAGUUGAAUCUUGGAAAAAGUGCAAAAAAGGGGUCCACAAGGACUUAAAGACACCCUUCGUCAAAGCUGUCAUUCAGGUGAUGUCACCGUCAGGUGGUAGAGCGUUGAAGACGAUCUUGGUGGAGGACGACAGUCGCUGCAAUUGGAUGAAGUUCGUCAACGUCGCCGUCUCGAACGAGACACAGAAUUUGGUCGCGUGCCAGAUGGAGAAGGACAUCUACUUCUACUCCAUUCGAUCGAUAAAGCCAAACAGCGAGUUGACCUUUUGGUUCAGCAAGGACUACGCUCAAAAAUUGAACUAUCCGGUCUCUUGUGAAGCGGCAAGAAUGACACCCAAGCGUAGCGCUCCGGCGCCACCACAACAGCCAUGGGCUAUGGAGGAUAGAGCCUCACCACAGGAGGCGUUAGAUUACAGCAUGAAACGUGAUGCGAUUGAGAGCAGUCACAGCGAGAAGGCCGACCGUGGAGACACGUCCGACGUUGACGUGCGGUGGGAGGCAUGGGCUGGGGUGCCCCAAUCGACGCCAGCCGCAGCAGCUACUGCCGCCACUGCUGCAGCUACCAGAAUCACAGCUUCGGGAAGGCCAAGCGACGCCCAGCCGAUUCUCGCCGCCACAGCUGGCAGCGGUUUCGGCAAUUACAACGGCAUCUACGGAGACGCACCUACAUCCAAAACAAGAGAACGGGCAGACUCGGCUACCGCCUGCAGAGAGUGCUCACAACGACCGUUUGUGGGCAACUGCGAAUGUGGAAAAGUGCACGUGCAGGCCCACCACCUGCGCGAUCGUUGUAGGACCCACACCGGCGAACGUCCUUUCAAGUGCACCGUUUGUGGAAAGGAAUUCACUCAAUUGGCACAUCUGCAAAAGCACAAUCUCGUACAUACUGGUGAACGUCCGCAUCGUUGCGACAUCUGUGACAAGCGCUUUUCGUCAACGUCGAACCUAAAGACGCAUUUGCGACUUCACAACGGCCAGAAACCGUACGCUUGUGAUGUGUGCAGCGCCAAAUUCACUCAGUACGUCCAUCUCCGCCUCCACAAACGAUUGCACGCCAAUGAACGACCUUAUGCCUGUAUGUCCUGCGGCAAGAAAUACAUCAGGUAUGGUCAUGCUCUAUCACUGAUUGUGGUAUGA